GCGGCCUGCCCCCUUCCAUGUGCUGCUGAGCGGGGCUCCUGAGCCACCCCCUCCCUCCGAGGGCUUCCACCGGCCCAGGGGAAGAGGUCAAUGAAGUCCUGGGGAAGAAGGGAGAAGGAGAGCUUCCCUUUUCGCUGAGCCACAGCUCCGUUCCCAGCCGCUGCUGAAUAGCCAAAUAUAUAGGUUACUCAUACUCUGAACCUACCUUCUCAACGCUAUUGUUGACUGGAGUAAUUCAUUAUGGCUCCUAAAGAUAUAAUGACUAAUUCUCAUGCCAAGUCCAUUCUCAAUGCAAUGAACUCGCUACGAAAAAGUAACACACUUUGUGAUGUGACCCUUCGUGUGGAGCAGAAAGACUUUCCAGCCCAUCGUAUUGUGUUAGCUGCUUGCAGUGACUACUUCUGUGCUAUGUUCACCAGUGAGCUUUCAGAGAAGGAUAAACCCUAUGUGGAUAUCCAAGGGCUAACAGCAUCAACUAUGGAAAUAUUGCUGGACUUCGUAUACACAGAGACUGUUCAUGUGACAGUGGAGAAUGUUCAGGAGUUGCUUCCAGCAGCCUGUUUGCUUCAGCUGAAAGGAGUGAAGCAGGCUUGCUGUGAGUUCCUGGAAAGCCAGCUGGAUCCUUCCAACUGUUUGGGGAUUCGAGAUUUUGCUGAAACGCACAAUUGUGUUGACUUAAUGCAGGCAGCUGAGGUUUUUAGCCAGAAGCACUUCCCAGAUGUAGUUCAACAUGAAGAAUUUAUUCUCCUAAAUCAAGAAGAAGUGGAAAAGCUAAUAAAAUGUGAUGAGAUUCAGGUGGAUUCUGAAGAGCCUGUCUUUGAGGCUGUUAUUAAUUGGGUAAAGCAUUCAAAGAAGGAACGGGAAGCAUCCCUGCCAGAGCUUCUGCAGUAUGUGCGCAUGCCACUACUCACCCCACGCUACAUUACCGAUGUCAUAGACACUGAGCCUUUUAUUCGAUGUAGUUUGCAAUGCAGAGACCUUGUAGAUGAAGCAAAGAAGUUUCAUCUAAGACCUGAACUUAGGAGUCAGAUGCAAGGUCCCAGAACCAGAGCACGUUUGGGUGCCAAUGAGGUUCUCUUAGUAAUUGGGGGCUUUGGAAGUCAGCAGUCACCUAUUGAUGUGGUGGAGAAAUAUGAUCCGAAGACACAGGAAUGGAGUUUCCUACCAAGUAUCAGCCGUAAAAGACGCUAUGUUGCCACAGUUUCCUUGCAUGAUCGGAUAUAUGUAAUAGGUGGUUAUGAUGGCCGUUCUCGCCUCAGUUCUGUGGAAUGCUUGGAUUAUACAUCUGAUGAAGACAGUAUCUGGUACUCUGUGGCUCCCAUGAAUGUUCGACGGGGCCUAGCAGGGGCUACAACCCUAGGAGACAUGAUCUAUGUUUCUGGAGGUUUUGAUGGAAGUCGGCGCCACACCAGUAUGGAAAGAUAUGAUCCCAACAUUGAUCAGUGGAGUAUGUUGGGAGAUAUGCAGACAGCUCGAGAAGGAGCAGGACUGGUGGUUGCUAAUAAUGUUAUCUAUUGUCUUGGUGGUUAUGAUGGUCUGAACAUCUUAAAUUCUGUGGAGCGAUAUGAUCCCCACACUGGGCACUGGACAAAUGUCACUCCAAUGGCCACAAAGCGCUCAGGAGCUGGAGUAGCCUUGCUGAAUGAUCAUAUCUAUGUGGUUGGAGGGUUUGAUGGAACAGCACAUCUCUCCUCUGUGGAGGCAUAUAACAUUCGCACAGACUCAUGGACAACAGUGACCAGCAUGACAACCCCCCGCUGUUAUGUGGGAGCAACAGUCCUGAGGGGACGACUUUAUGCCAUAGCAGGGUACGAUGGGAACUCGCUUCUGAGCAGUAUUGAGUGCUAUGACCCUAUCAUUGACAGCUGGGAAGUGGUGACAUCACUGGGAACCCAACGGUGUGAUGCUGGCGUUUGUGUUCUGCGUGAGAAGUGACCUUAGGGGGAAGGCCUUCCGAGAGCAUGUCUGAGGAACAAAGAGACUAUGGGAGAAAGUACUGGCUCACUUGCAGCUAUUGCUCUUGUAGCUGUGGAUGCAGUGACCAUUGCUAUCUGGCCUGCGCUGCAGACCUUCAGGCUCAUUUUCAAAGCUACUGAUUCCAUUUAAAAAACAAUCCACACACAAGGCACUUUGAACUGAUAACAGAGAAAUCACAUACUCAUGUAAUGAUAACCCUGCGAAAGUGAGUUGCCUAAAGCAGUAAAGAUGUCUAUGCCUUCUGGCCUGCUGCAUCUCUAAGAGCAUCGGCACAGACAAGGAAGUUUGAGCUUGGCACCCGAUGGUUUGUGCCUGAAUGUUUCUAUGUACCAAAUAUGCUGCAGUGCAGACAUACUGUUAGUGGGCACACUGUUUGUUUUUGGACGCUUUUUACGUUCUGCACAGACUUGCAUGGUGCUGGGGAGAAGAGCCAGAAACAGGCUGAUGCAUGCAACUGAUAAAGACUCUGUGUGUUGGUGUAAGCAAUCUGGCCUUCCACCGUAACGGAAAAGGGGGCAGCGGAGACUAUAGCCUGCUGGAAUAUUAAGUCUUAUCUGCUGGGAAGAAAGGCAAGCAGACAGAAAGAAAAUACUGAAUUUCAUGUUUUUAUCAAUUUUACCUGAAGAGAGGGUGUGUGUUCUAGUACUUGUGAACAAAAACCUGUUUACAUCUGCUAUCUAAGCCAAGUUUUUUUAGUGUUAGUGGAGCAGUGAAGUAGCAAAUCUUGACAUAUUGGCAGGAAAGAGUAUAACGUGCUCUGGAAAGGGUGCAUCUGCCCAGUCUGCAUUGCAAAUGUCUCUCCAAUCUCCACAAAUCACUGAACAUCUCUUCUCAACCCCACACUGGUCUUAAGCCUGAUACCCUGUGCAGGCCUUCUGCAUGAGCAUUGUCAGCACAGGUUGUCUUACACUCGGCUUUUAUUUUCUUGUGCUUCUGCUUUAGCACCAAAGUAGGAGCAUGAUACUUUUUUUUCGUUAAGAGCACACUAAUGUUUACAGUGCAUUGUAGAUUUACCUGGUGUCAUUUCUCUCCAGACCCAAUUACAACAAGGCAUUUCACGUGAACUGGAACAUUUGCUCAAGGCAUCUCUUUCGUGGCAUAUUUAUGAUUCUCCUUGCCUAUUUUAAUACCCCUCUGGUGUGUUAUGGAGCCUGUACUAGAUAGGUGAAUUCACACCACAUUGCUGAAAUGGACACCUGAGCCUGUGGAUAAUGCACCUCCAACCCCUCAUGGAUGUGCCCUAAACUUUCAGCAUGAUCCUGGAGCUCUCUCUCUCUCCCAUGACCCACUGAGCCUCUUCCUGUGUCACACAACUCUAUUGGGAGCCAAGGGGUGAAUGUAUUUAUUUGCUGGGUGAUAUUGAUUCCUUGCUUUGGGGAUAUGGUAGCAUGGGAGAAUGAUGCACUUUCAAAUAACACUGAGUUUAUAAGUCCUGUCCUAUCACAUCAGUGUUUGUGAUUCAUUUCUUACGUAUUUUUUAAUAAAAGUAUCUCUGGUACAUGUGAACAUUU